CUUAGCAUUAUUUAGAGAGAACACGUACACCGUACGCAUGCCAUCAAUUCCUUCUCUCGCUUUUAAUCUAUACACACACAAGCUACCACAUACAGAGACCCAAGAGCUUCUGCCUUCUACAGAUCGAACUGUUGAACGUCGUCGUUUUGGGGGAGAAUGUCGUACGACUAUCUCUUCAAGUACAUAAUUAUCGGCGACACAGGUGUGGGAAAAUCGUGUUUGCUUCUGCAAUUCACCGACAAGAGGUUCCAGCCGGUGCAUGAUCUCACCAUCGGCGUUGAAUUUGGGGCUCGAAUGGUCACUAUUGACGGCCGGCCGAUUAAGCUUCAGAUUUGGGACACUGCUGGUCAAGAGUCCUUCAGAUCCAUCACUAGAUCAUAUUACCGAGGAGCAGCUGGUGCUCUUUUAGUUUAUGACAUCACCAGAAGGGAAACAUUUAAUCAUCUCGCGAGCUGGCUGGAAGAUGCUCGACAACACGCAAACCCAAAUAUGACGAUCAUGCUCGUGGGAAAUAAAAGUGAUCUUGCUCAUCGUAGGGCCGUAAGUAAAGAGGAGGGGGAGCAGUUUGCAAAAGAAAACGGGCUUCUGUUUUUGGAAGCUUCUGCAAGAACCGGUCAAAAUGUCGAAGAGGCAUUUACUAAGACUGCAAACAAGAUACUUCAGAAGAUUCAAGAAGGCGUAUUUGAUGUAUCCAAUGAGUCGUCCGGGAUUAAGGUUGGCUAUGGACGGGCCCAAGGUCCUGCAGGAGGGAGAGAUGGUACAGUUACUCAAGGAGGUGGAUGCUGCAAUUGACCGAUUUAUUUACUAUGUUUUGCCCUCAACCAAUUUCAUUUGUAAUCAAAUCAAUAUGAUCCUAAUAGAAAUGUACAGUUUAAGUGUCUGGACGUGUGUAAAAUAUGACAUUGGUGUGAAAUAUUAUUCUUGAGGAAUCAUUUUUUCCUUGUCAGUAUGUUGUUUCCCGCAUUUAGGUGCUCUUCUGUGUUCAGAGGUUUACAUAUUCAUUUAUUUC